CGUCAUUUACUUCCCUUUCCUCCGCCCUUUGUUGCGUGUCUGUGUGUAGUUGUGAAGCCGAAGGAGGAGGGAGGAGUCACGGAUCAGCUGUACGGCGAGAUGAAGCCGGCGGUGGACGGAGCGAACUACAUCAUCAAACACAGUCGCAACAAGAACGACUACAACGAGGAGAAGGAUAACUGGAGCGGCAUCGCUCGCACGGUGGACCGCCUCUGUCUCUUCCUGGUGACCCCGGUGAUGACCUUCGGCACCAUCAUCAUCUUCCUGAUGGGCAUCUAUAACACUCCUCCACAUCUGCCCUUCGAGGGAGACUCGUACGACUACCUGAGCGGCCGCAAGCUGUGACACGCACACGUCUGCACACACACACGCACACACGCACACGUUUCUCUCCUGUUAAAAUCCACGUUUGUUUCUUUCUCGAUUAUGUUUGUUUGUUUGUGGUUUCGUAGCUGUGUGCGUUUUUCCAGGUGAAUAACUGAAUCAGUAUAUCAGCUUUUUAUUUUAUUUGUGUGGUUUGAAUAAACGUUUCCAUUCAGA